GAAAGGAAUCGAAUCCAAGAAAGUAGAAUCGUCAAAAUUUUCUCCCAUGGAUCAGAGUCACCGAUGUGGGUCUCCACUCGUAAACUCUUCUUUCUCCACGCCUUCUGUACUGUGUUCAAAUUUACCGUCAAUCCAAUUUAAUCCUGAAACCAAACCUUAUUAUUUCGUCUGAUCCUUGUCGCUAAUCCUGAUUUUGCAGUCGCUACUAACAAAGGAUGGAAGACGACGAUGGUUCCCCGAAGACGACGGUGAAGAUUGAGAUUCGUGGGGCCGAAGAAGGUGGGAGUCCUUGGAAUGACGGAGUUUAUUCCACCGUCAGACGCAUUCUGAUUAAUCACAGAGAGUGGAUCUGUUCAAUUCAUGUUGAGUAUGAUAAGAAUGGGAAAUCAGAUUGGGGUUCCAAGCAUGGCGGAAACGAAGGUUACACUUCUGAGGUUGUUUUAGAUUAUCCGAACGAGUAUUUAAUUUCAAUCUGUGGCUACUACGGCGACAUACGCAAGUGGAGAAUUUCAGCCGAUGUGAUUCGUUCCUUGACUCUCCACACCAAUAGAAAAACUUAUGGCCCAUUUGGGAUGGAAGAGGGGACCAAAUUUUCAUUCCCAGUUAUGGGGGCGAAGAUAGUCGGCUUCCAUGGCAGGUGUGGUUGGUUCCUCGAUGCGAUUGGACUCUACAUACAGCCAAUUCCAAAAAACCAGCUCAAGAACUUCAGUUUGGCACCGUGUGGAGGCAAAGGUGGGGAUCCUUGGGAGUGUGUUUUUCGGGCGAUCAGACAGCUGGUGAUUAGUCAUGAACUAUGGAUCCACUCCAUUCAAAUGCAAUAUGAGGAUAAGAAUGGGAAGUUGGUAUGGUCCAAGAAGCAUGGUAGCAGAGAUGGAAGCUCCAGAUCAGAGGUUGUGCUAGAAUUUCCAGACGAGUAUUUUGUUUCGGUUCAUGGCUACUAUGGUGACUUACAUAAUUUCGGAAAUGCGGCCACUGUGAUUCGAUCGUUGACUCUAGAAACUAAUAGAAGAACUUAUGGGCCAUUUGGAGUUGAGGAUGGAACCAAAUUUUCGUUUCCAGUCAUGGGGACGAAAAUUGUGGGCUUCCAUGGAAGAUCUGGUUGGUACCUUGAUGCAAUUGGACUCUACUUGGGAACACCUCAAAAAAGUAAGCCUGAGCCUCAAUUGCAACUCGAGCCCGAACCCGAACACCGUAGCUUUGGACCGUAUGGAGGUGUAGGUGGAGACUCAUGGCAUGAGACAUUCUUUUCAAUCAGACGGUUGGUGGUUCAUCAUGGAUUGUGGAUCGACUCCAUUCAAAUUGAAUAUGAAGCUGAUAAUGGGGCGAUAAUGUUGUCCAAGAAGCACGGUGGAAAUGGAGGAUCCCGAUCAGAGGUUGUUUUUGAAUUUCCAGGUGAGCAUCUCGUCUCGAUUCAUGGCUACUACAGUGAUCUUCGUCAGUGGGGAUCUACGGCCACUUUGAUCCGAUCAUUAACUUUGAAAACCAACAAAAGAACUUAUGGUCCAUUCGGAGUUGAAGAUGGAACCAAAUUUUCAUUUCCAACUAUUGGGAUGAAGAUCAUCGGCAUCCAUGGUAGAUCUGGUCUUUAUCUCGAUGCCAUUGGACUCCUCGGAGUGUUGAUUGAACACGACGGUUACCGGAAUCCGGCGGCGUGGGACGACGGAGUUUAUUCGACGAUCAGACGGCUCGUGGUUUACGAGAGAGAGUGGAUCUGUUCAAUUCAGAUUGAAUAUGAUCAGAAUGGAGAAUCAAUUUGGUCCCCAAAACAUGGUGGAAACGAUGGUUCUAUAUCGGAGGUUGUUUUAGAUUAUCCAGAUGAAUAUGUGAUUUCAAUUUAUGGGUUCUAUGGUGAUUUACAUAAUUGGGGAAUUGACGCCACUGUGAUUCGAUCGCUGACUUUGGAAACUAAUUUAAGAAGUUAUGGACCGUUUGGAGUUGAAGAUGGAACUGAAUUUUCAUUCCCAAUUACGGGGGCCAAAAUCGUUGGCUUUCAUGGCAACUCUGGUCGGUAUCUCCACGCAAUUGGAGUUCAUGUUCAAACAACUCAAAAAAUUGGGCCUCAGCCUGAGGCCCAGCCCAAGCGCCUUGACUUGGGACAAUAUGGAGGCAACGGUGGAGAUCACUGGGAAGAAACUUUUCACAGAAUCCGACGGUUGGUGAUUUAUCAUGGACUAUGGAUCGACUCCAUUCAAAUGGAAUAUGAAGACGAGAAAGGAAAAUCGAUAUGGUCGGAGAAGCAUGGUGGCGGUGGUGGCUUCCGAUCAGAGGUUGUUUUGGAAUUGGAUGAGCAUCUUGUUCUAAUUCAUGGCUACUACAGCAAUCUACGUAGGUGGGGCAUUGAUGCCACUGUGAUUCGAUCAUUGACUCUGAAAACCAGUAAAAGAAGUUAUGGGCCAUUUGGGAUCGAAGAUGGAACCAAAUUUUCAUUUCCAUUUACGGGGUUGAAAAUCGUCGGCUUUCAUGGAAGAUCUAGCUUGUAUCUUGAUGCAAUUGGCCUCUUCGUACGUGGAUCUCAAAUAAAUGGUCCCGAGAAAUAUAGCUUGGGAGAAUGUGGAGGAGAAGGCGGAGAUCCUUGGAAUGAGAGUUUUGAAAAAAUGAAAAAGUUGGUGAUUUAUCAUGGACUCUGGGUGGACUCCAUUCAAAUGGAAUACGAGGAUGAGAACCAGGAGUUGGUGUGGUCCGAGAAGCAUGGUGGAAAUGGAGGCUCUCCAUCAGAGGUUGUUCUGGAUUUUCCAGAUGAGCAUGUUGUUACAAUUCAUGGAUAUUACGACGAUGUACAUUAUUGGGGAUAUAAUUGCACUGUGAUUCGAUCGUUGACUGUUGAAACCAACAAAAGAACUUAUGGACCGUUUGGAGUUGAAGAUGGAACCAAGUUCUCAUUUCCAAGUGUUGGGAUGAAGGUGGUUGGGAUCCAUGGUAGAUCUGGCGUGUAUCUUGAUGCCAUUGGACUCGAUGCAAUUCCAAUUAAAGACUAGCCAUGUAUUUUGUUUCGAGGGAAAAUAAUUCAGUACUACGAGAGUACCAUACUACCUUUUAUUUAAAAGAAAUUGACCUUAUAAGUCAUAACAUCAAUGCUAAUGUGGUGAACGAAAGGAAAUAUGGUACUCGUAAUACUACUAAGAAUUUUCCCCUCUUCUAGUACUCAUGUUGUGUAUGUAGUUUUCAAGUAAUAUGGGAUUUUUGUAUGCAUAAAAAAGUUUAUAUGUUAAUAGAAAAUUUAGGGAGAACAAACAAAAUUAAAAA